AUGCGUUCCACCAUGAUCAGCAGCAUCUUCUUGGUCGCCCUCUCGCCCAUCAUGGCCCUCGCCCUCCCCAUUGACCCCAACGACCAAGGUGGCCAGUGGGAUCCCAGCGGCCAGUACCGCAAAGGCCACUAUGAUGCACAGGGAAAUUUCAUUCCUGAUCAGGGCUCCAACUUGUCCCCCAACCAAGUCGGAUGGUACCAGAAGGGCCAGUAUCCCGGUCAUGAGGUGUACAACCACGACCAGCACAACAAGGGUCCGUGGAGCAAUCAGCAGGGUCAAGGCAACAACGACCAGUACAAGAACGGUCAACAGCAUGGCGCCGGUCAGAUCUGGCCCGCUGGCAAGACCGGCCAGACCGGCCAGACCGGCCAGACCUCGUCUGGAUGGACGGAUGCCAACGGUGUCUGGCACUCGACCGAUUACAGUCAGGGUUGGACUGAUGCUAAUGGUGUGUGGCAUGCCAAUCCUACCACUGCGGCCGCUACCAAGACUGUUGUCCAAGGUGGUGCUGGUCAGGAUGGCAAGUACAACGCCAUGACGGGUGAUGCGGAGGCCAGGAAGGGCGAGGCAGGCAAGCCCAAUGCCAGGGAGAACGACGAGUGCAACGGCAAGGAGUGGAACCAGCGUACUGGCCAGCCUUGUCGUCAAGCUGCCGCCCCAGUUGCUUCCAAGGGCGCUGUACCCAAGAACAAGUAA